UUGGGUUGUCCUUCCCGCUCAGCAUAAAGCAUCUGCCUGCUUGGCUGUGACAGUCACCUCUGCUGCUGUGGUCCUAUACAGUCUGACAGCUUCUCCCUACACUGCUUCUUAAAUCAGACAUCAAGAGCUGAAAAUGGAGUCGGUAUCUGCCUGCUCGAAGCUGAACAAAACCCUGCGUCAGCACUACCUAAACCUUCCACAGGGAGGGAAAUGUCAGGUGACAUACAUCUGGAUCGACGGCUCUGGAGAAGGGCUGCGCAACAAGACACGCACGCUGGAUGAAGAGCCCAAAUCCAUAGCAGAUAUUCCCGAGUGGAACUUUGACGGGUCAAGCACGGACCAGUCAAAGGGGUCGGACAGCGACAUGUACCUGGUCCCGGUCCAGAUGUUCAGGGACCCCUUCAUCUUGGACCCCAACAAGCUGGUCCUCUGUGAGGUCCUCAAGUACAACCGCGAACCCGCAGAGACGAACCGCCGCAUCAGCUGUAACAAAGUGAUGGAGGCGACGAAGGAGCACUGCGUGUGGUUCGGCAUAGAGCAGGAGUACUGCCUGCUGAGCAUGGACAGAUACCCGUACCGCUGGCCCAAGGGCGGCUUCCCCCGCCCCCAAGGGCCGUACUACUGUGCUGUGGGGGCGGACUGUGUGUACGGCCGGGACAUCGUGGAGUGCCACUACAAGGCCUGCCUCUACGCUGGGAUCAAGAUCUGUGGGACCAAUGCCGAGGUCAUGCCUGGGCAGUGGGAGUUCCAGGUGGGCCCAUGUGAGGGGAUAGACGUGGCGGACCACCUGUGGGUGGCGCGCUUCAUCCUGCACCGCGUGUGCGAGGACUUUGGGCUGCUCGCCACCAUGGACCCCAAACCCAUGGAGGGCAACUGGAACGGCUCGGGCUGCCACACCAACGUCAGCACCAAGCAGAUGAGGGAGGAGGGAGGACUGAAGUACAUCGAGCAAGCCAUCGAGAAGCUGUCGCAGCGCCACCAGGAGCACAUCAGCGUGUACGACCCGCGCGGGGGAGAGGACAACAAGAGGCGCCUCACCGGACUCCACGAGACCGCCAGCAUCAAGGACUUCUCGCACGGCGUGGCUAACCGCGGCGCCAGCAUCCGCAUCCCGCGCCAGGUGGGCCAGGACGGCCGCGGCUACUUCGAGGACCGGCGUCCCGCGGCCAACUGCGACCCGUACUCCGUGGCGGAGGCCAUCGUCCGCACCUGCCUCCUGGAGGGGGAGGACGGCGAGUGAUUGAACGCUCCUCAUGCAGAGGUUAUUAAUGUAUGUUGUGUUGGGGUCAUUUUCGAAUUAUUCUGACUCUCUGAACAGAGUAGAUGCUUGAGCCCCCUUCUCUGUUCAAGUUGUAAACUAGAUUAUGCAGAAUGUAUGGUUUCACACAAGCUGCCAUCUUGGUCAUUCUGCACCAUUAUAAUAGGAAUAAUAACAACUGGGUGUUUGUAAAUGACAGAAUGUUUUGGCAAGAAGUACCAAUAUGGCGGCCUGUAUUUAUUUACCGAACUGCAGAUCAAUUUAACCCGCCUAGCCUCUCAUAGGAAGAUUCAGGGAUACCUCAUGCCGUGCUUUCUAUUAUAUCAUGUAUUUUGAUUGUUUGUCCACAAAUUAGAA